AUGGCCAUGUCCAUCGUCAAUCAAGCCUUGAACGGAAGCAAACGCUGUGAGCUUGUGAAGACGGCAGUUGGCGGAGCCGGCCACGGCGGGUCUUGGCUGCAUUAUCUCAUUCGAGGCAGACAGCACCUCAGUAACCAACUCAGGCGAUCUGCUUGGCUGAUUGGAUCGCCGAGAGUCCGCAACUCCACAUUAAGAAAGAUUUCCCCAGCCCGCUUCCACUACGCAGUACGUACCUACAAGCUACGCCGUGGCUGGCGAGCCGCAAACCGCACAUUCUCUCGCUCCCAUCGUCUUCUUCUCGCCCACAUUUCGCACCGAUCCGUCAAUGUAUGGACCGCGGAGUACGGAUACCUCGAGCAGUGUACCUUGACCGACCACAAAUCCCCGAGUCUGCAAGUCUCUACUUCGUACGGAUACGGUACCAUCAGCAUCAAGGGCAAUAGUUGCGAUACAAUGCCACUACUCUGGAGGGGCGUGUUUUAUCUCACCAGAAAAAGCUGCCCCACGGCCCACGCCCUGGCAAUCUCCAAACUCCCCGCCCUUUCUCCAUCUUCUCCAUGUCCUCCAGUUCUCCAGAAAACCUUUGCCAAAGUCUUGGGCGAACGACUCGCGGGGAUGCACGAGAUUCGACUUGAUGCCACUCGAUGCGACCCAGAAAAACUUUUCCACCACACCCAACUUUACCAAGAUCACGCACUCCGUAUCCAUGCCAUCGGGCGGAAACAAUCCCAUUGUACCUAUUCAACGUCGGUCGCGCCGUUCAACGUCGACUUGGCCCUACCUUGUAGGCUUGAAGUGCUUACUAGGCGCGUAGAGCAGACAUCUGCCGCCAGUCCGCGUCUCUUACCUAUGUAUGAACCAACCUACACAGUAUAUGCCUGCGUGCCUCCGUAUUACGCCGCUGAGAAAGAGUCCAAUUGCUGUGAAACACUUGCUACCGACCGGAGCUACCCCAGAGUCUGUAGAGUCUCCCCCCUGACACUCUCUCCCUUCUCCUUCACACCCUCUUACCUGACUAGCGCCGGCCAUUCCCCUGCUGGGGCUCAUUCACAUUUGCUGGGGGAUGAGGGGGACCCAUGGGAAAACCUGGCGGGCUAA